AUGGCGCCGGUUGCACUCCUAAGAUGGCGCUGGCUACAUAGCCCGAGCAUCUCGGACAGCCUGAAAAACAUCCGCCCUGGCCACAUGUCCCAUGAACCAUCUGACUACCGGAUCCUGCUCGGGUACCAUCGGCUCCAACAUCCCACUGAACAUAGCCAGCAGAUGACAGUGUAUCGACUCAUUGUUCACAAUGAAUUUAACAAACACUACUUCAUGGGCAGUGACAUCACCCUGUUGCAACUGCAUCUGUCUCUGCUGGGCAUGGGCGGCCCCCGAGAAGAUGUGAGGGCUGCACAUGACAACCACACCCCAGGAGGGAGCUGUCAUUGUGACACUGUACUGCCCCAUGCAAACACCAGUCAGAUCUAUUUCCUGGCUCCACCAUUCCAGCUUCAAGAAGGAGAAGUUGGCAUUAUUGACAGUGAGGUCUGUAAAAUAUAUUUCCAAUCGCCAGACUCCAGCAGCAGCGAGUAUUCUAUACACGAAGAUAUGUUUUGUGCUGGGGACCUCAUGACAGGAAAGUCCAUCUGCCAAAGAGAUUCUGGGGGCCCCCUGGUCUGCAAGCUGAACAGUUGUACUUGGUUUCUGAUGGGACUGUCUAUCUGGAGCCAGGCUUGCCACUACCCCAUAAGCCCCAGCGUCUUUACCAGGAUCACCUACUUCUCCAACUGGAUCAGUGAGAAGCAGAGCACCUCACCCAAUCCCCAUCCUUCAUUGGCUCCUCCUCAGGAAAAACCUCCUAUUUUGAGUGACUUCACUUCUCUGGGCACGGUCCACAAGCCUACCACCUACAUAACCCUUGUGUCUUCACAGACCUUCCUCCUGCUGCUGAUUUCCCUAAGGACACUGUGA